CGCCCGAGUGGCUGCGAGUGAGUGGCCAGGCCUCCUUCGCCUGCCUAGGAGGGUGCUGGUGUGUCCCGAGGCGCUAAGGACCCGUCCCUGCUCCUUGCCAUCACCAUCAUUGGAGUUACAGUGGUCCUGUUGGCCCUGAGGAACAUGAACUCGCGGAGAAGACAUACCACCUUACAGGACUCUGAGACCAAGUACCCGCUGCCCUUGAUUGAGAAGGAGCAAAUCACCCACAACACCCGGAGGUUCCGCUUUGGACUGCCCUCACCAGACCAUGUCUUGGGGCUUCCUGUAGGUAACUAUGUCCAUCUCUUGGCCAAAAUUGAUGGUGUUCUGGUGGUCAGGGCUUACACACCAGUGUCCAGUGAUGAUGACCGAGGCUUUGUGGACUUGAUUAUAAAGAUCUACUUCAAAAAUGUGCACCCCAAUUAUCCAGAAGGGGGGAAGAUGACUCAGUACUUGGAGAAUAUGAAAAUUGGGGACACCAUCCUUUUUCGAGGGCCAACCGGUCGCCUGUUCUAUCAUAAGCCAGGGAACUUUUCAAUCAAGGCAUACAAAACAAGUGAGCCUGAAAAGAAGCUGGUCAGUCACCUGGGAAUGAUCGCUGGGGGCACAGGGAUUACUCCCAUGCUGCAGCUCAUUCGCCACAUCACAAAGAACCCCAGCGACAGGACCAGGAUGUCCCUCAUCUUUGCCAACCAGACAGAGGAGGAUAUCUUGGUGAGAAAGGAGCUUGAAGAAGUUGCCAGAACUCAUCCAGAGCAGUUCGACCUAUGGUACACCCUGGACAGGCCUCCUGUUGGUCUGUGCUUGGGAGCUGAGACCUUCAGCUCUGUCCCUGCAUGGGAAAUGGAAGUGGAGGGAGAGAGGAUUGGGGCGACCUGCUUGUAAGAGCAGUGUCUGAUAUCUCAGCAGCAGUCCAUAUGCGCACUGAACCUCAGGAGGGACUCGGAGGGACACCCGGUCACUGGGUCGCUCUGAGCACCCACUCCAUACUACACUCGACACAGCAUCCCGCAGAGACAUCACACACAUGGCCAUGGACCCCUCGCCCCCUUACCACCCGACCUCUCCUGGACAGUAGUCAUCAUCACAUGGCGAGCCCCAGGCAGCUGCUGCAACCCUAGCCAGCACCCAGCCACCCCGGCACCCUGCACCUUCAUGCUGCCUCUCCUACUGCACCCAGCUGUGCCUGCCUUGUCAUAUAGCUCGCUGCCCAGCAGAGGGCACCCCCUAACCGAGCCACAAACCCCAGGCCUGCUCCACCCUGCCCAGCCCCAGCUCCCUGCCUUGAUUCACACCAUGCCUCACUGUUGUGUUCUCCAUCCCUGCCCCUGCGUGCGGCGUCAGACAACCAGCAGUAAGCCUGGGAUGCGGGGUCAAUACUGAAGGCUUCCUGGGUCUCCCAUGUCCUCCAUUUCCCGGCUUCUCUGCAGAGAACAGCAGUGCAGACUUCUAAGCCUUGGAGAGCAGCCUUGCCUCCCUCUUUGGGGUGGGGGCAGAUGGCUUGGGGUCAGGGGCUCUACCCAGCAGCCUCACAGCUUUUUUCUACUUC